AGUUCGUCAAGAAAGUCGAUUGAAUUUUGGGAACAGGAAAGCCAUCGUUUCGCUUUCGAAUUUCCAUAAUUUUUCAAGAAGAGUUGGAAAAGGAAGAGUUGGAAUCGGGAAGUUUUUUAAUCCAUUUACAGUCCCACAGUUUCUUCUUACAGAACCAUUUAUAUUUUUGAUUUUCUCCUUACGUCCAAAAUUUAAAAGGCGAGAUCACUGCUGCAAUUUCAGAGUCACUACGUCUACAGAAACCCAAAAAGCUCGACGGCCGCUCAUAUUUCCUCUUUGGCGCUCGUUUGAAGAGAUACCCUUCUGCCUAUACUCUUCAAUUCCAGAGUAUAUCGGCAUUUUAGUAAGAUGGCUCUCAAAAUUGAGAAUACAUUAGCCUCAUAAGUAAUAUCAAAGUCGAGUUUAUUUCUACUCUACAAUUCAUGGAAGAUUCAGUUCAGUUGAUAAGUUGAUCCGACAUAGGGGUCAACAUGUGACAUUGCCAUGUUGAUGAAUCGUGGAAGAUGGAAGUGCAAAGUCACGAUCACGGUCACAUAAUUGAAGUAUGUGGGGAUGUGCAAGCUGUAGGGCCGAGCAUCACUGGAAGUAAAAUUUGUGGGGAUGCACCGUGUGGAUUCUCAGAUGCGAAAAAUAGUUCGAAAGAUGCGAAGGAGCGGUCAGCGUCCAUGCGGAAGCUUUUUAUAGCAGUUGUUCUCUGCAUUGUUUUCAUGAGUGUAGAAGUAGUUGGAGGUAUUAAGGCAAACAGUCUUGCUAUAUUGACUGAUGCUGCUCAUUUGUUGUCAGAUGUUGCUGCUUUUGCCAUUUCUUUGUUCUCACUCUGGGCAUCGGGCUGGGAGGCAACUCCACGCCAGUCGUAUGGUUUCUUCCGAAUUGAAAUACUCGGUGCCCUCGUUUCCAUUCAGAUGAUAUGGCUUCUUGCUGGAAUUCUUGUUUACGAAGCUAUCAUCCGACUUAUCAAUGGUCCUGGAGAAGUCAAGGGGUUGCUCAUGUUUGUUGUUUCUGCCUUCGGGUUAGUUGUUAACAUAGCUAUGGCUCUGCUGCUUGGUCAUGAACAUGGCCAUGCUCACUCUCAUGGUCACAGUCAUGGACAUGGUGGGCACGACCAUGAGCAUGGUCAUGGCAGCCACGAGCAUGGUCAUGGCAGCCACGAGCAUGGUCACGAAGAUCAUACCAACAGGCAUCACCACGGGAUAAGUGUUACCACGCAUCACCAUCAUCACCACGAAGAAGAGGGAGCUACCAGUAACGCUGCUAAGCACGAUCAUGUUCACACCCACGAGGUAGACACAACUGCACCCUUGCUUGAGAGUUACUACAAAGAUGAAAGUCAUUCCCAAAAGGGUACCGAGAAGCCAAAGAAACAACGAAACAUAAACGUACAAGGUGCUUAUCUUCACGUACUUGGAGACUCCAUUCAAAGCAUCGGAGUGAUGAUCGGCGGGGCAAUCAUAUGGUACAAUCCCAAAUACAAGAUCCUGGAUCUGAUAUGCACUCUCAUUUUCUCUGCAAUUGUGCUCUGCACAACAAUCCAAAUGCUGCGGAACAUCCUAGAGGUUCUGAUGGAGAGCACGCCUCGAGAGAUCGAUGCGACAAAGCUCGAGAAGGGUCUGUGCGAGAUGGACGAGGUAGUUGCAAUCCACGAAUUGCACAUCUGGGCCAUAACUGUGGGGAAGGUUCUAUUGGCAUGCCAUGUUAUAGUAAAGCCAGAGGCAAAUGCAGACAUGGUACUGGACAAGGUCAUAGAUUACAUCAAGAGAGAAUACAACAUCAGUCAUGUCACAAUUCAGAUAGAGCGCCAAAGAUCUUAGAGUUUGAAUCAGAAUGCUUGUAGAUAUGGUUUAAAGGGAAGAUCUGUCUCAAGUAUUUAAUGUCUUCUUCAUUCUCUUCUUAUGUCAUCUUAUGAAGAAGGAAAAAAAGUUGCUAUUAAGUGGAAUUAUUUUGGUAGGGGAAAUUGAAAGUUGGCUAGCUAAGGGGUCAUUUAAAAGUGCUUUAAUGUGUAACUUUUGACCCAAAAAGUGUUUUUUUUUUCUUUUUUUUUUUUCCUAUUUUGUCAUAGUGUUUGGUUAUGUUAAGUAAAAGUACUUCUGAUUAUUUCAGAAACAAUUAGAGAGAGUUUGGCUUGA